AUAACUGCACACUGCCUGACUGCCAAACAAGGAACUGCAUGUUAAGAGACAGGUUUUCUCAAAGAGAUUUGUAACUGGAUUAAAGGCACCAAGCUUCUUCAGACUUGUGGAGUGUUAUUAUCUUGGUGAUCUGCCAACUGCUGACAAAAAUGUCUCACACAUUUGUUUUUUUCUGUCUGUUUGUGUGUCACCUUGUUGGUGUGUCUGGUGUUGAGACAGAUAAAACGAAGUCAGCAGAAGUGAUGGAGGGAGAUUCUGUCACUCUACACACUGAUCUGACUGAAAUACAGGGUGAUGAUCUGAUUCUCUGGACAUUUGGACCUAAAAAGACGCACAUAGCUAAAAUUAAUAGAGCACAUCAUGAGAUCUUUCAUGAUAAUGUUGAUGGGAGAUUCAGAGACAGACUGCACCUGGAAAAUCAGACCGGAUCACUCACCAUAACAAACACCAGCACAGAACACUCUGGACCUUAUAAAAUAGAAAUUGUCUCUGAAAAUCAGGUCUCAAGCAAGACUUUCAGUGUUACUGUCUACGCUUUUCUUUCUAUUCCUGUCAUCAGCAGUUACUCUCCAUCAAAUCCCUCAUCAUCUGAAAGAUCACCAAGCUCCAGAUGUGUGCUGCUGUGUUCAGUGGUGAAUGUGACACAGGUGACUCUGUCCUGGUUCAAGGGAAACAGUUUACUCUCCUCCAUAAGUGUCCCGGAGCUCAACACCACCAUCUCUCUACAUCUGGAGGUGGAAUAUAAGGAUAACAACACCUACAGCUGUGUGCUCAACAAUCCCAUCAGUCACCGGUCCAGACAUCUCAACAUCUCUGAUUUGUGUCAGCCAGAGAAGAGUUCUUGUAUUUACCGUGUCCACGGUUUGACUGAAGAUGUGAUCCGAUUGGUCAUCUCUGUCCUGGUGGGUGUGGCUACUGUUGCUGUACUGAUUUAUGACAUCAGAUCCAGAAGAGUCUGACAGGAUAGAAAAUAAAUGCAUCACAAUAGCUCGUCUGAUUAUUCCUAUAAUUCUUAUUACAGUUUUCCUUCUCCUGCUCUUUAUCAUGUUUAGUUUGUUCAUCAUUGGUACAUUUUUCUGACAUUUAUUAUCAUCCGUGCCAUCAUCAACUAAAAUUGUGCCAUGUCUACGAACAGGAAAAGUAUUUGUUUUCCAUUCAUUUUAUUAUGGUUUGUAUUGGUUCUCAUGCUUUAUUGAAUUUGUACAAUAUACUGUAUUACAUAAUAUUGCAUUAGAAAGAGUGUUAUAUAAUGUUGUUCUUAAAAAUGCUUUAAGUUAUCACAGAGCUGAUUUCCACACAAGUUGUUUGUAAAUGUGUAACCUAUUGAUCUGGCCUUGAUAGCUUACUAAAUAUAGAUUUAUGUAUUUUCUUGUCUUUACUGUAUUAUUACAUUCAUGUUUAUUAAGAUAUGGUUGUGAGUUACUUAAUUGUGCAGUUUAGUGGUAAGAAAUGAAACAACUCCACAAACAGCAUCACCUGGUUCACUCAUUACUAACCAGAUUGACUUUAUUUUCUUUGCUCUUGGCUGACUAUGGCCUGCUUUUGCCCUGUAUCUGGCAAACAGUUUAUUUAUUUAAUAAUAAUUUUUAAUGCUUUGAAGUUGUAUGUUAUGUUUUGGGGAAAAUUAUGCAUCCAGUGUUGCCAACUCAUUUUUCCUGGGAAGUUGCUUUAGGAAAGUUGAUUUGUUGCUAAAGGAUGUUGCAAUGUCAUUGUGUGAUGAUAUCAUUACAGAAGGUUAUUACAAGUUAUGCAGAAUACACGAUGGCAUUACUCAAACUGACUGGCCAUCUCAGUGAAUGUGAAAUUUGUUUGUUACUAUCUUAUAUUUGAUUUGUAAAAUAUAAACAACACAUGUUCAAAAUUUGUAUAUUUAUUUCCUAAUCAGCAGUUUUAAUCUGAACUGAAUGUGUUUAAAAGAUUUGACAACGAAAAAAAGAAGUUUGUCUCCUUGAAAAAAUGAAGAUAUGCAUGAUUCAUUGUUUUAAUCACCUGGCAGUCCCAAAACACAGUAAUAAUCUGCUUCUCAUGAGCAACCGUCUGUGUAUGUUACUUUUUUGUGCCCUUUUUGGUCCAUCCGCCUCUGUCCCAGUGUGAGUCUGUGCACAAAACUGAUGAGCAAACAUAAGCUUGUUUUGAAAGAGCCGUGCACAAGCAUCUUACAGGAUGUGGUUUGACAAUGAGUGAUUAAUUUUUUUUUAAUACAACCCGAAUUCCGGAAAUGUUUGGACAUUUUUUACAUUUGAAUAAAAUGAAAAUUAAAAGAAUUUCAAAUCACAUGAGCCAAUAUUUUAUUCACAAUAGAACAUAGAUAACAUAAAUGUUUAAACUGAGCAAUUUUACAAUUUUAUGCACAAAAUUUCAAAUGUAAUGCCUGCUACAGGUCUCAAAAUAGUUGGGACAGGGGCAUGUUUACCAUGGUGUAGCAUCUCCUCUUCUUUUCAAAACAGUUUGAAGACGUCUGGGCAUCAAGGUUAUGAGUUUCUGGAGUUUUGGUGUUGGAAUUUGGUCCCAUUCUUGCCUGAAAUAGGUUUCCAGCUGCUGUAGAGUUAGUGGUCGCCUUUGACGUAUUUUUCGUUUAAUGAUGCGCCAAAUGUUGUCUAUAGGUGAAAGAUCUGGACUGCAGGCAGGCCAAGUCAGCACCCGGACUCUUCUACUAUGAAGCCAUGCUGUUGUAAUAGCUGCAGUAUAUGGUUUUGCAUUGUCCUGCUGAAAUACACAAGGCCUUCCCUGAAAUAGACGUCGUCUGGAGGGAGCAUAUGUUGCUCUAAAACCUUAAUAUACCUUUCAGCAUUCAUAGUGCCUUCCAAAACAUGCAAGCUGCCCAUACCGUAUGCACUUAUGCACCCCCAUACCAUCAGAGAUGCUGGCUUUUGAACUGAACGCUGAUAACACGCUGGAAGGUCUCCCUCCUCUUUAGCCCGGAGGACACGGCAUCCGUGAUUUCCAACAAGAAUGUCAAAUUUGGACUCGUCUGACCAUAGAACACUUUUCCACUUUGAAACAGUCCAUUUUAAAUGAGCCUUGGCCCACAGGACAUGACAGCGCUUCUGGACCAUGUUCACAUAUGGCUUCUUUUUUGCAUGAUAGAGCUUUAGUUGGCAUCUGCAGAUGGCACGGUGGAUUGUGUUUACCGACAGUGGUUUCUGGAAGUAUUCCUGGACCCAAAUAGUAAAGUCAAUGACAGAAUCAUGCUGAUGAGUGAUGCAGUGUUGUCUGAGGGCCCGAAGACCACAGGCAUCCAACAAAGGUCUUCAGCCUUGUCCCUUACGCACAGAGAUUUCUCCAGUUUCUCUGAAUCUUUUGAUGAUGUUAUGCACUGUAGAUGAUGAGAUUUGCAAAGCCUUUGCAAUUUGACAUUGAGGAACGUUGUUUUUAAAGUAUUCCACAAUCUUUUUACACACUCUGUCACAGAUUGGAGAGCCUAUGCCCAUCUUUACUUCUGAGAGACUCUGCCUCUCUAAGACAUCCCUUUUAUAGCUAAUCGUGUUACAGAACUGAUGUGAAUUAACUUAAUUAGUUGCUAGAUGUUCUCCCAGCUGAAUCUUUUCAAAAUGUCUUGCUUUUUUCAGCCCUUUGUUGCCCCCGUGCCAACUUUUUUGAGACCUGUAGCAGGCAUCAAAUUUUAAAUGAGCUCAUUUAGUGGAUAAAAGUGUAAA